AUGGCACACGGGACACAGACGAACACCAGGUUGGAUUGGCUCUUAAUGAAACCUUUAAAUAGACUUUCUUCUAAUUUUAAAAGUUGUGGACCUAAUGCUGAAUACUACAGAAACCGAAAAGGAUACUUUUCAUUGAAUAUACAAACUGUAUCAUGUCCUGACUUAAAAAUCAUGGAUGUUGUAGCACGCUGGCCAGGAUCAUGUCAUGACUAUACAAUACUCAAGAAAUCAAGGUUUUUUAACAGGUUAAACAGUGGUGAAUGGGGAAACAGUUUGAAAGUAGCUGACAGUGGCUAUGCAAAUUCUCUACGGAUUGUUACACCUUUCAUAAAUCCAAGAAACGACAUUGAAGAACUAUAUAAUGAGUCGAUCAUUAGGACUAGGAAUCCUGUCGAAAGAUCUUAUGGUGUUCUAAAACGAAGAUUUCCAAUAUUAUCUUUUGGAUCACGGUUGAAAUUACAAACUACUCAAGCUGUUAUUGUAGCCUGUUGUGUCUUACAUAACAUAGCUAUUGAUAAUAAAGACACAGAUCCACCAGCUCUACUAGAUAUAGUUUUACCAGAUAUUAAAAAUAUGAACAUAAUAGAACACCAUAUUGAUGAAGGAAAUGCAAGACAACAAUUAAUAGAUGAAUACUUUUCACAUCUUUAA